AUGUUCUACUUGCUGUGUCCGUAUACUGCAGCUGCUCAAGCCGCAAGUUGCGACGUAUCCACCUACGGCAAACCGGAAAAGCGUGAUUGCUUGACUCUCUUCGAGAAGUUCACCAGCUCUCAAAACCUCCAGACACGGUUUUUCGAUGAGGAGCAACUGCGCGUGGACUCUGACAGUACUUGGCCGGGAGUCGCAAAUGUCUUUGAGCAGCCUAUCGUGCAGUUGCCGAGGUUCUAUGCAAUGAAUACCUGCAACUUCGCGCUCAUGCCAUACACGAACCCUGCAACUCGUUUGGCCAAUCCAUUGGACAUUAGCAGCUGGGGGAUCAUAAAGUCGUAUGGGAAUUCGCUCAUGCAGGAUUGUUUGGAGGAAAAGUCCGCCGGUGGUGAGAUCUUCAUCAAAUCGAGUACAUCCAUGAAUCCAGUCCUGGUGAUCUUCAUGUGGGCUAGCGGUGCAAACUUUGAGACAAAAUUGAAUCAGUACGAGAAUGACCCUAGCUUCUCUCCGCAGUUGUCACUCGCGGAAGGCGGUGUAAAUGGGACGGACGGCGAUGGCAUCAGGGUGGCAUAA